CCCCAGAAGAUGGAUGAGCAGGUGUUCAAAGGCGACCCGGACAGCCCUCACUCCAUCUCGUUCUCGGGCAGUGGAUUCCUCUCCUACUACCAGGCGGGGGCCGUGGACGCCUUGCGAGACCUGGCCCCCCGGAUGCUGGACACCACCUAUCGCUUUGCGGGGACCUCGGCAGGCGCGGUGAUCGCAGCCCUGGUCAUCUGCGGGAUCGAGAUGGACGAAUACCUCAGAGUCCUGAAUGUGGGUCUGGCCGAGUGUAAGAAGUCCUUCCUGGGCCCCUUGUCUCCAUCCUGCAAGAUGGUCCAGACCAUGCGGCGGUUUCUGUACGACACGCUGCCCGAGGACUCCUACAAGGCCACCACGGGGAAGCUGCACGUGGGCCUCACCCGCCUGGACGACGGAGAAAGCGUGGUGGUCUCCGAGUUCACGUCCAAGGAAGAGCUCAUUGAGGCCCUGUACUGCAGCUGCUUUGUUCCUGUCUACUGUGGCCUUAUACCCCCGACGUACCGCGGCGUGAGGUACAUCGACGGGGGCUUCACCAGCAUGCAGCCCUGCUCCUUCUGGACCGACUCCAUCACCAUCUCCACCUUCAGCGGGCAGCAGGACAUCUGUCCCCGGGACUGCCCCGCCAUCUUCCACGACUUCCGCCUGUGCAAUUUCUCCUUCCAGUUCUCCCUGGAGAACAUCACGCGCAUGACCCACGCGCUGUUUCCCCCAGACCUGGUGAUCCUGCAGGAGUACUACUACCGGGGCUACGACGACGCCGUUCUGUACCUGAGGAGGCUCAAUGCUGCUUACCUCGACUCUCCCUCCAAGAGGGUGAUUUUCCCCCGGGUGGAGGUGUAUUGCCAGAUAGAACUCUCCCUGGGCAACGCGUGCCCUGAACGCAAUCAACCCAGCUCACCAGCCCGGCGGGCCAGCCUGGAGGAGUGUCCACCACAGGAGCCCCCCGAAGGGGACGGGUCCCCGCCUGGAGAGACGCCCAGAUCCACGUGUGAACCGCCCAUGGGGUCACCUGCCUCAUGCCCGGUCUCUUCACCCACGCCACUCCUGGCCUCCUGUGGGCCCUGCUCUCCCACUGACCUGCCACCCCCGGCCCCUGCCUCUCGGGGCUCCGCGCCCGGGCCGUCACCUGCACCGCCUCUGCAGCAGAGACAGCCGCCUGGACUUCCGUCCCUAACCCCACCCUCCCCGGGGCCCACCUCAGCCAGGCUGUCCCUGGAGGACUCAGCGGGGUCACCGCAAACGACACCCCAAGACUCUCCUUCAGCAGCACCAACCCAGCCAGGGGUGAAGGUGGGCGCAGAACGGCCCCAAGCAGCCCGAGUGUCUUCACAUCGAAAAAGUGCCGCCACCGCCGCUCCAGUCCCCGGGAAGGAAGCCGGCAGCAAAUGUCAAGCCAAGGCGAGCGCUGCUGCCGACACCAACUGGGUGAGCAAGGUGUUCCAGAAGAACAAACAGAAGACGGCCGGCGCCAGGAAAUGCUUCCCCGGCCCCCCGCGGUCCCCCAAACCAGGCAGCAAAGCACAGUCAGCCGCCCCGCCGUGUGACUUCCCUUUGCUCUCCACGCCCGAGACGGUGUGGGUCACCUACAGGCCUCAUCCCCGCCGGAUCCCGGAGUUCGGCUGCCAGGAGGUGGAAUCUUCAGCUGUCUCCUGAGGCCAGGCCGUAGUGGCGACUCACCCUGGGGUCUGCCGUCCAGCUUCAAUGCUACCCGCGUUCUCCUUCCUGGUGACAGUCGUGGCCAACGGCAGUCGAGGCAGCCACCUCGUGCACCAUGAAAACAGCUGGGGAACAUGGUUCUUUUUGUUAGAACAAGGCUCGCGACUGCCCACGCACAAGUAACCCACGGAGACAGUCACACGUCUCUCCAUGGCCUGGCCCCUUCUCUC